AUAUUAUAAUCCAUAUUAAAGUUCCAAUGUUCUGUGUUUUAUGAAGAAUGUACCAGUUAUUAUCUUUAUUAAAUUUAUCUGAUUUACUUAAAUCCUGACCACCUGAGGUCUACAACACUCAACCACUUAAUUUCAAUAACCAUGCUGAAAUUAUUUUACGAUUUGUGGCGCACAAAUAUUCUGACAAAAUUAUGGUUUAUUGAUAACAGUUGGGUGAACCAACCCCUUUAAGCAAUUGAUACAAAUUACGUUAAAUUUAUUAAUGAUAAUACAAGGUACCAGAAAAUCAAUCGUUGAUUGCCAUAAAUUUUUAUAAAAAUGCAUUACAAUUUUAUUAAACGAAUUUAAUUACCAAGAAGAAGCUGAUUUUAUUUGAGGUUAUAGCGCACAGGGUAGACGCUCCUUAAAUUUUAAAUUAUAUUAAUUGUAAUUAAUUAUAUUAAGUUUUUGUUAGUUGAAAAGCAUGUCAUGUCAUUUCUAAAAACAUGUUUCUGUCUUGACGUUGUUUUGCCCACAGAGAAUUCAAGCUUUAUACAUUUCACCCUGGGAUUAGUUUUCAAAAUUGUGUCAGCUAUGCAGAAGUCAAAUUAUGAUUUAUAGCUACGAACUAAACUGACUUAUACGCACAGCGAUUUUAAUUUGGCUUAACGAAUACGAGGACGUUUUGGUGAAAGUUAAUUUAAGCAAUAAUCCCCACAUGUGUUUUGGCUCAGUCAACAAUAUUUGAUGUGCAUGGCAUACACAAACAAAUCCGCUUAAAUUUCUAUCUCAUAAUGCUUGCCCAAGGGGAUCUAUUAUAACUGGAGUCUUUCGACUUUCGAGAAGGCAAAUAUUUUCACCUGAUAUUUGCAUAAAUGCCACCCAGCUUUUCCUACCGCCUAAUUCAUUUACAGAAUGUGUCGAGUGAGGUCAGAAUAUUAAAAAGUUGUUGUUUCUUGUUCGUUUGACGUGUCAAACUGUGAGCAAUUUAAUUUAAAUAUAAAUGUUAAUUUCCUUCGCCUAACGAACCAAAUUUAUGGUAAUUCAAUUUUUGGAAAGCCAAAUGAGUUGCAGCUUUAGAGGUCAAAAACAGAAAACAGACGAUUUACUUCAUACGUCAUAUUCCUCAAAGGUUUGUUUUUCUACAAGCUGUUCGGAAAAGUUUUUAUUUUUUGAGGGGAUUUCUCAGAAUGUCGGUAAAAGUUGUGGCAAAGCUGCAAAAGUAUCUGUAUGUGAAGCGACAUUACAAAUUUGGUACAUACGAUUCAAAGAUGUUAAGACAGAAGUAAAAUUAUUCGUUUAUAACUGGCACUUAAACGUAAGUUUAUGAAAAAAGGACUUUACAUUACGCUUUUAUUGACUGCCUUUAAUUAGUUUUAAAUAUCAAAUUAAAACUGUUGACUUUACCAAAUACUUAGCAUAAAUUGUGACAGGAAAUUAGAAACGCGCGUUGGAAAAAACAUAAUUGACUCGAUUAAGUUAGCCAAUAGUUUAUACAAAGUUGCAGACCACAUUUUUCGAAUAGCACAAAAACAUUUCAAUUAGUAGCGAAUCAAUUUAAGCCAGCAAAACAUGCGAGUUGCAAUUUUAAUAUUUAGAAUAUUUGAGUAAGCAGGCAAACAAAUACAAAAAACACGAAAAUAUUCCACGUAAUAACAAAAUGUAUUUUGCAGGACCGCCAAAAUGCACGACCAUAACAAGAGGGGAGCAACAAAGCGGGAAACCUGAUUAAAAUAAUUAAAUUUCAACUGGGCAGCGCUUGGGUGGAAAUAUGCUUUCGUGGCUGAUGAUGGACGUCCUGCAGUUUGUGAAAGGGGACAUGGCACCUGAACCAGAAGCAAACACCACAAGCUGGUAUAAUGCGAACGAGAGCCUAUAUGCCACGGAACUGAACCAUAGAUGGAUUGGCAGUAGUUCCACAAUUCAGCCAGAGGAGCCGCUAUAUGGCACCGAUUUGCCCACAUAUGAGCAUUGCAUAGCCACGCGGAAUUCCUUUGCUGACUUGUUCACCGUGGUGCUCUACGGAUUUGUUUGCAUUAUAGGCUUAUUUGGCAACACGCUGGUGAUCUACGUGGUGCUGCGCUUUUCCAAAAUGCAAACGGUCACCAAUAUAUAUAUCCUGAAUCUGGCCGUGGCAGAUGAGUGUUUCCUGAUCGGCAUACCCUUUCUGCUUUAUACCAUGCGAAUUUGCAGCUGGCGAUUCGGGGAGUUCAUGUGCAAAGCCUACAUGGUGAGCACAUCCAUCACCUCCUUCACCUCGUCCAUUUUCCUGCUCAUCAUGUCUGCAGAUCGGUAUAUAGCCGUGUGCCACCCGAUUUCCUCGCCCCGAUAUCGUACUCUGCACAUAGCCAAGGUGGUGUCUGCGAUUGCCUGGUCAACUUCGGCGGUCCUCAUGCUGCCCGUGAUCCUGUAUGCCAGCACCGUGGAGCAGGAGGACGGGAUCAACUACUCCUGCAACAUCAUGUGGCCAGAUGCGUACAAGAAGCACUCUGGAACCACCUUCAUACUCUACACAUUUUUCCUGGGAUUCGCCACACCGCUGUGCUUCAUCCUGAGCUUUUACUACCUGGUCAUAAGGAAGCUGCGAUCGGUGGGUCCCAAGCCAGGCACCAAGUCCAAGGAGAAGAGGCGGGCUCACAGGAAGGUCACCCGACUGGUUCUGACGGUGAUAAGUGUUUACAUCCUUUGUUGGCUCCCUCACUGGAUUUCGCAGGUGGCCCUGAUUCACUCAAAUCCCGCUCAGAGGGACCUAUCCCGACUGGAAAUACUCAUCUUUUUGCUCUUGGGCGCACUGGUGUACUCGAAUUCGGCGGUGAAUCCCAUACUGUAUGCCUUCCUGAGUGAGAACUUCCGCAAGAGCUUCUUCAAGGCCUUCACCUGCAUGAAUAAGCAGGAUAUUAACGCCCAACUGCAGCUGGAGCCCAGUGUAUUCACAAAACAGGGUAGUAAAAAGCGGGGCGGAUCCAAGCGCCUGCUGUCCAACAAUCCGCAGGUGCCUCCGCUGCUGCCAUUGAAUGCUGGCAACAACAAUUCAUCGACCACCACAUCCUCGACCACGACGGCGGAAAAGACCGGAACCACGGGGACACAGAAAUCCUGCAAUUCCAACGGCAAAGUGACAGCUCCGCCGGAGAAUUUGAUUAUAUGUUUGAGCGAGCAGCAGGAGGCCUUUUGCACCACUGCGAGAAGAGGAUCUGGUGCAGUGCAGCAAACAGAUUUGUAACCCAGUUUAAGUAAGAAUUUUCUUUAAAUAAUUAUAUGGAUGAUCAACACAAAGUAUAUAGGGCAUUUAAAUGAUUUUGUAACUCUUUCUUAUUCAGACAAAUGAAGAACUUAAGACUAAGCAGUAUUAAUAUGUGUCUACAUAGUAAAAAGUUCAACCAAGAUUUGAAAACAAGUCUGUACAACCGCACAUCGAUAUAUUAGCAAUAUAAAAGAGUGGAUGGGGCUCAAAUGAAUUACAUUUCCCUUAUAUUUUUUUUGCAAAAACAUCCUUGACAAGCCUUGACAGUUAAUAAUUUAUUAGUAAUAUGAAUGAUUUAUAUUAACUAUUAAAUUAUUGUAUGUAACGUACCACCCAAUAUUUAAAUAAAUAUUUUACUGCCAAUAAACCCUCUACAAUAAGAUAAACUUAAGUCUCUUAGUAAUAAAAUAAAGAUAAAUAAUACUAUCGACAUCUUAAAAUCCAUUCUUGUUCUUAGUACUCACCUACAAUAAAAAUGGUUGCUUCUCCAGUAGAUUUUCUAAUUAACCAAUUAAGUAAUUAAACUGAUUUAUGCAACUAAAAUCGCAAAAGACGGAAUUGUAUUAAAUAAGCAGCUUAACGAGAGGAAAGUCAGCCAGCCAAGGUGCUCGUAAAAUGUGAAAUACGCAGGAUGCAGGUAUUUUAUUUUGAAAAUCUAGUAAACUAAAGUAGAGACAACUUUAAAUUAUUAUUCAAGGUUUUAAUUGUAAAUAUAAUAUAUAAUAUAAUAAUCAAAUACUGAUGAAAUCUGAUACUAAAAAUAUAAAACUGCUUGUUUGACAAACAGUAUCUCAUGGAAUAAGCUGAAUAUUCUGUAUUCUAAGCUAAGUAUUUAAAUAAUACUAUUAUGGUGAAUGUGCUUAAAAAAUAGUCAAUAAAGCAAUGUUUGUAUAAAAAA